GAGCACCAUCAUCCGCACCAUUUCCUUCUCCGGGCACUGUACGCUUUCUGACUGCGCCUGGACACGGGGUCCUGCCACUUCUUCCUCCACACACACCGCACCGCUCCAGGCUCCAAGCCGUCGGAAUCCGUGCGAAUCUGUUCGCAGUCGCAGUCACCACUGUGCUCCUGGAAUGGCGCCGUGCUGCCUGCUCCAGAUCGGCCGGGGGCUCGAACGCGCCCGUGCCCUUCGCCUCGCCGCGGCGCUGUGCGCGGCUGUGGUCGCGCUGGCGCUGGCGCCCGCCUCGGAUGCCACGUCGGCGUCGCUUCUGGGCAUCAACUACGGGCGCGUCGGGAACAACCUCCCGCCGCCGCAGUCCGUCGUGCCGCUGCUCGCGGGCCUCGGUAUUGGCCGCGUGCGGAUGUACGACGCCGACCCCACGGUGCUGCGCGCGUUCGCGAAGACCGGGGUCGAGCUCAUCGUCGGCGUGCCCGACGAGUGCCUGGCCGCCGUGGCCGAUCCGGGCGGCGCGGCGCAGUGGCUUAAGGAGAACGUCGUCCCCUUCCUGCAGGACACGAAGAUCGCCGUGCUCGCCGUCGGCAACGAGGUGCUCACGGGCUCCAACAGCUCCACGCUGUCGCGCACCCUCCUCCCGGCGAUGCAGUCCCUGCACGGCGCGGUGGCCGCGCUCGGCCUCGACAAGCAGAUCACCGUCACCACGGCGCACAACCUCGGCGUGCUCGGGACGUCGUACCCGCCCUCGGCGGGGGCGUUCCGCAAGGACCUGCUCCCGUACCUCUGCCCCAUCCUGGACUACCAUGCCAGGACCGGCUCGCCGUUCCUCGUGAACGCGUAUCCCUACUUCGCCUACUCCAGCGACCCCAGGGGCGUGCAGCUGGAGUACGCGCUGCUCGACCCGGGGUUCGCCGGCGUGCAGGACCCCAACUCCAGGCUGCACUACCCCAACCUCCUCGUGGCGCAGGUGGACGCGGUGUACCACGCCAUCGCGGCGGCCAACGCCGCGGCGUCGCGGGUGGUGGAGGUGCGGAUCUCGGAGACCGGCUGGCCCUCCGCGGGGGCCGCCAACGAGACGGCCGCGACGCCGCAGAACGCGGCGCGGUACAACAGCAACGCGAUGCGGCUGGUGGCCGACGGCAAGGGCACGCCGCUAAGGCCCGGCGCGCCGCUGCGCGCCUACGUGUUCGCGCUCUUCAACGAGAACCUCAAGCCCGGGCUGGCGUCUGAGCGCUACUACGGCCUCUUCAACCCCGACGGCACGCCGGCGUACCAGCUCUCGUUCAAGCUACCGCGCGACAACUCGACCUUUGAUCACGGCGGCACCGGCAACGGUGACGGCGGGUUCGGCGGUAACGGCAAUGGCAAAGCCAAUGGCAGCAGCGUGAACAUUAGCGGCGGCGGAAACAGCGGCUACUACGACAUCUCGGCUUCGGCACUUGACGCUCCGGGUUACUGGUGGACGUGGGCGCAGGCGGCAAUGGCAGGAGCACUAGCCGCCGUCCUGACAGUGUAGCGCUGCCCUCAAACCUUGAUGCAUGGCAGAUCGUCAGGGGUUGGAAGGUGGAGUAGGAUCAGGAUGGAGCAGAGUUGCCGGUUGCCGGCCUGAUUUGGUCACCUGCUCGUAUGCUGUGGUUUCUGAGACCGACCUGUGACUGUGAGUGACCUUAUGCUUCUGGAGUUCUGGUGGCAUCUAUGUCUAAGCACUCCUAGUUAAGCAGCGCUGGAUCAGUUUUGCCUGCCUUCUUGAAAUGAAAAAACCUUUCGAAGUGCUGGUAGCACCACGGUAAAAA